AACCUCAAACUUCUGCUUCCAAUUGUUUUGAUUAGAAUCGGAAUUUAAAGUUCAACACCUGUGUUCUAAUUAAUUCUGGCUGAAAUUCAUCUCACUCACUCGCUUUCGUAAAUUUUAUUAAUAUUUUGUGUAAUUAUGAACUAUGAAUUUUAAUACUGCGAUGUAGUACUUUUAGUAUGUAUCGUUGCUUAACUUAUUCACCUCUUCUGGCACUCUUUUUGCCUUGUAGUCUCUGGCCAAUUUUUGAAUCUAUUUAUGGAAAAGCUGAACAGUAGAGACGUUUCUCCUCAUCCAGCCACUCUCUAGUUGAUUCUAUUUCCAGCAUUUAGCUGAAACCUACAUGCACUCAGCUUUGGCUUUUGAUAAAGUGUAUAUCUGUGUCGUGUCAGUUCGGAGGAAACCAGGGCAUCCUAUUUGAUGAAACUAGCUGCUUCAAUGACAAUUCAUUUGUAGUGCUUUGUGAUCCAACUAUGCUGUUUAUUAUUCUCAUCUAGGAGAGAUUUACAAGUGAAUCUCCAGAAUGCCUGCUUACACCAAAAGUCAGUGACCAAUGUAUUAAGAGUUUACUAAUGAGUCUCUGACAGCUUUGCUGCUUCUCCUGAAAAUGUCAGCCCUUCAGAGGUUCAAAAGUUUGCAGCAUGAAAUUGAUAGGCUUCACCUAUUAUACUUGGAAACUGAUGAAAGUCCAAGAAAAAUCGAGCAGAGGAAAAAAUUGGAAGGGUAUAUCCGGGAGUACUUAUAUCUAGUGCCUCAUGACCGGAAAUUUUGUUUUGAGGAAACGAAGCAUGUGUUGCGGCGAAGUGUGGAAUGCAAAGAAAAUUUUAGUGCAUACAAAGCAUCAAAUGCAUGGUCAGCUCUUGCUGUUUAUGCUGAAAACUUGCUUGCACAACCUUGGCGAAAAGAGUUCCGUCAAGUGAAGUUGUAUAGUGGCUAUUACAAACAUGAGAUUGAAUCGGGGCUCGUAGGUGCAGAAAUCAUGCUGGAAAAAAUGGGUUACAAGCACUCAUCUCAAGAUGUUUCAAUGGUGCUGGAUACUGUUACAAAUACUGCUCGCAUCGUAGAUAUAUCCAAGGAUUGUCUGGUAGCAAUGGUAGAAUGUCAGAUUCUGCGCACGGUGUAUGAAGAAGUCAUAAAGAAAUGUCAUUGCAGCUGGCUCCAAGUUUUGGAUUACCGUGAAGCAUUCGUUAGUUCGCCUGAAAUACUUUCGGACGCUAUCAUCAAUAAGACACUACCCAAAAUCUUCAGCCAACAAACAACAAAUCACACAAUGUGCCCUCACAGUACAUCAUACAAACCUGUGUCCUUUCACGACUGUAUGUAUAACAAUUAUCCUCCAAAUCCUUACUAUCCGUACCUAAGCAUGCAGCCCCCCAUGUCAACUUAUACUCAACCUUAUUGUCAAGGGAAUGUACCUUUAAAACCCCCUUUCAUGUGUCCUCCCUACAGCCAAUACAACUAUCCUUAUUCAGCCCCUAACCAUGGAGCUUUACCACAAAAUUACACCCACCCUGUUCCAACUGGGCAGCUAAUAGAAAUAGAUCCUCCUCAGGAAUCGUAUUAUUGCCACCGAAGGAGCAACUCAGACCACAAAAUUAGCCAUCAACGAAAAAGUAGUGAAAGGUAUUCAACUGAUUCGUGUAGCCGCUCAACUCCAUCUGAUGAUUUGCCGACUCAAGGGUCGAAAACUAAGUCAUCCAACUGUGUAAAGAUCGAUGGUUCUGUGAGUAGUGAGUGGGAUUUUAUCGAUCCUAGUGAUAUCAGAAAUUCAAAAGCACAGGUAGCAGCUAAGUCAAAGUCUAAUUAUAGUUCAUCGAGUCUAGAUAAUCUAAAAAUUAAUGGUAGUUUGGUUUCAGAAGACUCAAAGCUUUCAGACACCUUAGGAAAACUUUCGGUUUGUGGCAGUAGUAGGUUAAAAGCAUAUGAAAGCCAAGACUCGACUGACUCCAGCCAAAGAAUGAGUGCUUACGAUAACCAAUCUGGGUUUCCUGCAAGUAAUUACCAGUCGCUUCAUAGUCCAAGCAAAUCAAAAACUCUGGUUACCGAAUCUGGGAAACAGCCGUCCAAACCUACCUCUAGCCCUAAUCAAACUCGUAGUGAUAAUUUGUUGAUAGAUACGUCAGAACUGGUCGUCAAUCUGAACUCAUCCAAUGAGUGGAGUUGCGCCAACUGCACUUAUUUAAACAAAGAAUCAGCAAAGAUCUGUGAAAUAUGUAAUAAAAGUAGGACAAGUGGGAAUGAAAUGGCUCCGCUUAUCAGUGGCGGAAGGGAAUGCCCCAAGUGUACUUUAGUUAAUGAAAAAGAUCUUUCAACUUGCAUAGCUUGUAAUUCUGAUUUAAAAGACUCAUCAACUUAUGUUUAGUAUAGAGCGUUGCUUUUAUUUUCCCUGUAAUAUCUUUUAAGUUUUCAACUUGUUGAUGGCCACGCUGAAACUUGAUUUGUUUUUCCGCGUGUUUUUGUGCCGGAGAGGUAGUUGAUUUCUGUGCAGCGAACCAGAUUUUUUAUAGAGCUGCAUGCAAUUAUCUGCAUAUUGCUGCAAAAAUGCUCCACCUCUUAGUCUUAGGCCUAUGCUUUUGUGGAAAUAUGGAAUGAAAUGUGCUUUUUUUUACGUUUUUGUGGCAGUUGACUUGUGACUUGACCAAAUUGCAGUUUAAGUUGUCGAUAAUGUCUUCCGCUGAUAAUUUUAUCCUUGGAAAAAGUUUGAAAGGUUUGUUUUUGACCCCUCAUGACUAAUUUGUUUCCCACUCCCCAGCUCAUGUUUUUCAAGUCUGCCUUUUAAACCAGUUUUAGUUUUCAUCUUCCUCUUCUUAAGGGUUGUUCUUAAAGUGAGUCUCCCCAUUUUUCCCUGAUCUAUUUUUGUAGCCACAAACAUUCCCUGUGCAUAAUUGAAAAGUGAAACCCACCUUUUUAAAUUUAUUCAAGUUGCCUUUUUAUUAUUAUUUGUUUCUCAAAAAAGAUUGAAAUAUUUGCACAGAAAUGGUGCUUUUCUGUCUAAGUCUUAAUUAUAAUUAGAAUUAUUUUUCCUCCCAGCAAUUGUUGAAUUUUUAGGAAGAACAGAGACAAUGAGAGACCCUUCAUGGUUAUCUUGGCAAUUGUGGAAGCUUUUACUUUAAAGACUCCAACUAGAUCUCAAAGUUAAACUCUAACUCUACGAUUUAUUACCAACAUUCGAUCAGGAUAACGCGCUUCGCACUUCAGGCGUUAUGCAUUACUCCUUUGAUUUUAUGUUAAAGAGUAUGAUUGGAUUUUCUGUUUGAAAAAAGCUGUUGAACAAUUUUUAGAGGCAGCCGUUGAAAAAUGUUGAAAAAUACUUGAGUGAACAAAUAUCAAUGUAUCCUUCGAAAGCUGUGGCUGUCUCCUUCUUAUUGUUAUAAUCGUGAAUUAAUUUACCCUCAGUUUUUUUUACGGUAAAAAGUAGAGAUCUAACUUUCUGAACAACCCUUUUGGAAUCUUUUGUCCCCAACAUGAUGUUUUGAUCGGUGAUGGUUUUAUAAAUGCUAAUUUAAGGAGAACAACCUUCAAACAAAAAUUUUUUUGAGGGAUGUUGAAUUCCAAAGUUGAAUUCCUCUUUGUUUUUUGCAAUGGUUUGGAUAUUUUUAAACUGUUCAUUUUCUCAUGUGCCAACUUUUAUUCAAGCAUAAUUUACUGAAUGCCUGUCAUCGGGGAGAAUAUUUGAAAUUCACAACAAAACACUUAGUAGCCUUUUCAUAAAAAUUACUCACAUUUGCUAACCAUAAAAUUACUGGUACAUCAAUCGGAAAAACAUAUGUUAUAUUUAAACUCGUUAGUCUUCUAUAAACCUUUUUGAAGGUGUAUUCAUUUUCUUCUCGGCGAUUGUAAAUCCAUCACUCCAAACCAUUCAACCUUACUUACCAUGAUUAUCAUUAUAAAUAUCAGGCUUUUAAUUAGUAUUAGAUACUUAAUUUGUCAAUUAAAUUAUCAGUUUAAUUUGAGAAAUUUAUUUUAAAAAUGUAAAUGUGUAAACGAUAAAAGCUUUCAAACCUGUUUACUUUGUCAACAAUAGGUGACAAUGGAGGGGAAAAUUUUUCAUUUUUUUCAAUGUCUGAUUAUUAUGCAGGACGCAUUUAGUCAUGCCAAUAUUGAGCUGCUCUUCUCGAUGCUCAGAAAUCAAAUUUGAAGUCGGAUAAGGAGUGCAGAAAGUUUCAAAACCAACUGUUUAUCACAAUCAGGUGUUUUUCCUCACUUAUUUUAUCCUGCCUUAGGAAAAUGGCCAAACCGCCCAUCUUUUAUAAGGUGAUGAGCAAAAGAAAAAAGAAUUAUUCAUCUUUGAAAACUCCCUCACAGUCAAAAAUUUGCCUUGUUUCUGUCGCAAUCUGCUGAUCGCAAAACAGGGUAUGUUUUGGGCCCCUGAAAUUGGUGGAAACUAAAAAAAUUGAGAGAUGGUUUUUUUCUGUCUGAAUGGUAGCGAAUAUAGAAUUUUAAUAAGCUCUCUUGAUAAUAAAAAAUUAUUUCUCGAGUUUGGUCGGUGAAUCUUGUAAUGGCUGUUGAAGUGCUAUCUUGCAAAAUUCCAUUUCAUAAAAAGACAGCUCAUUUGCUUCCCUCACAUUACAAGAUUAUGCCAGAAAUUCUGCUCACAGGAAUGUUUUUAGCCCAGUAUUUGGAAUAUCUGCAUUCCACUGCUGUUUUAUUCUCUCUGGAGACGACAGUCUAUUAUCAGAAGUUUUAAAAAGCACAUUCAAUUUUUCUAGGCUGUCAAACAUGGAAUCUUUCAACUCGUGGCAUUAUGUUUUUUUUUUUUUUUAUUUCAUUUUAUUUGAGUUGCACAAUUGUUGAAUAAUCUCUUGUGAUAGAUAGUGGUGUUACUUUCUUGAUUUUUAAAGCUGAUAUAUGUUGGGCAUAUUUACGCUCUAUUUUUGGGCUGAAUCUAUUGUCUUUGUCUCCCCUUUUUUUAAGAAUGCAUUUUUUUUUUUUUAAAUCAAUUCAGACAUAAUUGUUGCGUCAAUAUGUUUUUUUGUCUGUGUAAUUUUAAUUCAUUAUUAUAUAUUUGUAAGUAAAGUCAAUGUAACUGGAAAACAGUAGAACUGAGAGGUUGAAAGAAGCCAAGCUUUGGUUUUUUCCAAAACUGAUUGUAAUGUCCUUUUUGACUCCCAUCAAUUGCACACCCUUACAAAAUGGUGGGAAGUCAAUGCAUACAACAGUAAGAAAAUAACGAAUUCAAUUUUUUACCAAGGAUGAUAUUGAAUGUCUCGGACAGUUUAAAGUGUUUCUAAAAAAAUUGCUGCUUUUAAUUUCUUCCCACUCUGCAUGCGUUGACCCCAUUGUUAUUUUAUCUCUUCGAAGCUAUUCAAUUAAAAAAUUGGAAAAACAGAGAGUAAACAGCGUUUAUUAAUUUGUAAUGUCUAAUUUAUAAUUUCUUUUUUCAUGAGCACCAAGUUUAACAGAAGUGUAUCAAGUUUGAACUGAGAAAAGGUGUUUGAAGUUUUAUACCUCCGCAAGAUUCAUUGUUAAAGAGAAAAUUUUACAAGUGUUUUCAUGUUAUGAAUAUUUUUCCUGGAUAUUUAAUUUUUGAUAGGUGAAAAUUUACCACUAGUUGAACUCAUAACAACUCCUGACUCAUUUUUUCCCAAUACUAAACAAUCUGUUAAACUCGAUCUUCAUGUUGUAUUUAAUAUUAAGUUCCAAUUAUGGCUGCCUUGCCUGUUUUUAUGGUGGUAAUAUAAACUCCAUACUUGAUACGUAAGGUCCAUGUUCAAACUUUCCAGUCCCCAUGAUUUUAAAACUAGAUGAAAUUUUAUUAAUAAGUCAGGUCAUUUAAGCAGAAUCAGUCUGACUGCACUGAACAUUGUCUAAUUUACUCUUGUGCUUUAUUUUUUUUUAUCAGAGAAUCAAGCUACCGAACACCUUUCCACUUUCUUUUAAUUUACCAUAAGUUAUGAAGAAUGUAAUCACAAAACAUAAUCUGGUCCAAACAUAUAAUAUCAAAGAAAAUUAGGCAAUAGAUGGUAUUGUUAGGCUGAUCCCACUAAAGUUGGCCCUAUCUUCCCUCGUCUCUAUUCUGACUUGUCAUUGUUAUUUUCAAGUUUGGAUUGUUUUAGUGAAGUAAUGUUAAUUUAUUUUUAUAAAAUUAAAAUUAUCGUUUUUGCUCUAAAUUAAUUUUUGAGCUACCCUGUCUUCAGUUCGCUCUGCUGAAAUCAGAUAAUCUGAAUACUUACAAUGGAUUUGAUUAUUGAAAACUUUUACAGGUACAUAUGAUUAAACUUUUAGGAAAGGAUAACAUUGUCCAUUAUGUAAGAUUUGAAAAGAAAAAUCAAGUUUACAACUGAGUCAGUCUAUGUAUUAUGACACUAUUCUCGCCAAAAAUACAAGUAUCAAUAUAAUAUAUAUGACUGAGCUAUCUGCUUUGAAAAUACGUAAAUUAUAGUGAAUUUUAUUCUCAGAUCGGGUAAAGACUUCAGUUGCCUCUGCAAAAAUACGGACUUAGGCAUGAAAGCACAUUAAUAAUCACUGCUUUCAUCUAGUUAGCUAUAAUUGUAUUCACUUAUAUUUAUUUUAUAAAUGCAUAUAUUUUGAUAAUCGUAAUGAUCCACGUACUGGAAUAAAUUGGUCUCCAUCUUUGCCACAUGUUGUAGGCGACUGUUUCAAACAGUUUGGAAUUUUUGGAUUAAUACUCCUUUCAAACUUACAAAGCCCUUAUAAUGCAGGAUGACCUCUCAGGAAUCCUUUACCCGAUGCUGAGUAAAAUUUGCUUUUUCAGUCUUACAGAGCCAAAGUAGUAUAUUUCUUCCUGCCAAAAACUUAAAUUUUGAGAGUAAAAUUUGUAUGCUAACUCAAAUACCGUGAGCCAUUACGGAUACUAGGUCUAAAUUUAUGCAUUUCUGUACAAGUUUUGAUGUCGAAAUUUUGUUUAUUUAAUUAUUACUGCUCACAACAGAAGCUUUGAAAUUCGACUCCUCAGCUGGGCACUAACAUUCGUCCUAAAAAUUGAUCAAAUGGAAAACUGACAUGAGUAACGAGUAACAUCAUUCACUUUUCUUCUUGUUCGGCACUUCUUUUUUUACAGUUCAAUGACCAUAAAGAGCGAAACCAUGUAUCUCCGUUUCUAAUGUUGCAGACUUCCUGUCAUACUUUAUUUUUUGUUUGGAAAACUAUUCAACAUAAUUUCUUCAAAACUUUCUUGAUUUCUCCUCUCUGUUGAAAGAAUUCUCUGUAACAAUCUCAUACUAUGAAGUUGAAGUUGAAAAUUAAAAUGGGAGCGGUAAUUUUGAAACACCGAGUGGAGAUAUGUGGUUUUGCACUUUUGCCAAUGAGUUGUUAAUUUUUCACUCUAAUCCAGUGUUGAUUUACAAAGUUUUUGUUGCAUGCACUGCGUUAUUGUUCCUGUCUCUCUGUCUAAUUUCUCCCUCCUAACAAGAUCUGAUCCUUCCUACGAGCAGCUAUAGAUUUUUUACAUAUUAUAUGCUGUCAUAAAUCCCUAUUAAUCUUCAAUACAUCUCUUUUAAAUUAAUUCCUCACUAUGUGUUUUGAACUGUCUUUUCCUGAUAGUAUAAUUCAGUAACUGCGCUAAUCAAAACUUAAAUUGAGCAAUGUACGUCCUACCCUUUUCACAGAAUGUUAUGCUUCAUUAAAAAUUAAGGAGAGUAUAUAUACUGUUUUUUUCUUUUGUUAAUCUAAAUACAAUUUAUAUUGUUA